AUGGCAGUAAAGGCAAGGCUCCCACUUAAGCGGCUGAUCGAUGUCAUGCUGCAACUGAAGCCAGAUAAAGGGUUGAAUUACAGCUGCGACAAAAAUCACAACUCAGGUUCAGGAGAGGAUCAGUUAGAGGUUUCAGAAGAAGAGAAUGAGGUGGGUGAAUUGUUUGAGCUAUCACUCAGUUCUUUGGUAGGAUUGACCACAUCAAAAACAAGGAUAUUUAGGGGCUCGAUUUUGGGGCAGUCGAUAAUAGUCUUGAUUGAUGGUGGUGUUACACCUAACUUCACUUCAACAAAGUGGGCUGGUCAAUUGGAGCUGCAGACCACAGAAACUAUGGGUUAUAAGAACUGUGGGAGACCCAUGCUUGAACUUGUCACGACUACCUGA